GCCGUGUUAACACGAUAACUUUUCGGAUUACUCGAACCUUUUCCUUGACGUGGACAAAAAAAGAAAGAUGAUAGUCGCCGGCAAAACAAUUUUUGCUUUUAUGCUUGUCAUUGCGCCAUUCAUGGUGCUGGCUGAUGUAUGUACGAGCCCAUCAGUGAAGUCGAGCACAUACACCACUUCAGAAGCAAGCAGUUCUACCAACACAGUGUUUAUUGUCCAGUUUUCGCUGUCCUGCAAGAAUGGUGCCAAGGAUUUGACCCUGUAUGCAGAUAUCAACGGAAAAACCGUUCCUGUGACAAGGAGUGCAGAAAAUGAAAAAUAUCCAUAUCAGGUGAGCUUCAGCGAUGAGAACAAGAACCUCCCAUCUGGAUCAUAUGAUGUCAAGUUUUAUGAUGAAGAUGGAUUCUCCAACUUGAGAAAGGCCCAGAGAAGCAGUGAGGGCACAUCAUCUGUCAAGUCUAUCUUCUCCAUCAACGUCAGCCACUCUGGUGUAUGGAAGGGCCCACUGGUACCCAGCGAACUUGUAGCCACUGCUACAGCAGUCCUUGUCUGGUUCCUGGCUUACUCUGCAAGAAAUAGCCUGCAGUCUUCUUGAAAAGCAAACCAUCUUUAGUGACAUUUAAUUAAAUAAUUUUAGGCCAUCUUUAAAAAGAAUUGUUUGCAAUGGCUCAAACUCAAAGGGUUGAAUAUGCAAAACCUGUUUACAAAUUUUAUUUAAAACAUUAAAUAUGUAAAUAAAAUA